GUUCGCAAAAUGGUAUCUCUCAACCCGGUGCGCAUUCUGAAAAAUGAAGCCGAGGAGGAAAAGGGCGAAAUUGCCCGUUUAUCGUCGUUCGUGGGCGCCAUCGCCAUCGGCGAGCUGGUAAAGAGCACCCUCGGACCGAAGGGUAUGGACAAGAUUCUUGUCGCGAACGGCCGCAAUGCCGGACAGAUCGAGGUAACGAACGAUGGCGCCACGAUUCUGAAGGCGGUUGGUGUGGACAAUCCAGCCGCAAAGAUUCUCGUCGACAUGUCGCGCGUGCAGGAUGACGAGGUCGGCGAUGGGACCACCUCGGUCACGGUGUUCGCCGCCGAGCUGAUCCGGGAGGCCGAGAAGCUGGUCGAGCAGAAGCUCCACCCACAGACGAUCAUCGCCGGAUGGCGCCAGGCCACCGAUGUCGCCCGUGCAGCACUCCAGGCCGCGGCUGCCGACAACUCAGCCAACGAGGAUCGCUUCCGGGAGGAUCUGAUGAACAUUGCCCGCACGACGCUCAGCUCGAAGAUUCUGUCGCAACACAAGGAACACUUCGCGAAGCUCGCCGUUGACGCGGUGAUGCGCCUCAAGGGAUCUGGUUCGUUGACCGCCAUUCAGCGCAUCAAGAAGCUCGGCGGAUGCCUCGAGGACACGUUCCUGGAUGAGGGUUUCCUGCUCGACAAGAAGCCGGGCGUCCACCAGCCGAAGACGGUGAAGAACGCGAACAUCCUGAUCGCGAACACGCCCAUGGACACGGACAAAAUCAAGGUGUUCGGUUCGUCGGUGAAGGUCGACUCGAUGGCCAAGAUCGCCGAGCUGGAGGGUGCCGAGAAGGAGAAGAUGGCGGAGAAGGUGUCGAAGAUUUUGUCCCACAACAUCAACGUGUUCAUCAACCGGCAGCUGAUCUACAACUACCCGGAGCAGCUGUUUGCUGAUGCGGGUGUAAUGGCCAUCGAGCACGCAGAUUUCGAUGGUAUCGAGCGGUUGGCGCUGGUGACUGGAGGUGAGAUCGUAUCCACCUUCGACAACCCCGACUUGGUGAAGCUCGGUAAGUGUGACCUCAUCGAGCAGGUGAUGAUUGGUGAGGACACGCUGAUGCGUUUCUCGGGAGUGCCGCUGGGUGAGGCCUGCACGGUUGUCAUCCGUGGUGCAACGCAGCAGAUCAUCGACGAGGCGGAACGAUCUCUUCACGAUGCACUGUGUGUGCUCGCUGCCACGGUGAAGGAGUCACGUGUCGUGUAUGGAGGCGGAUGUUCCGAGACGCUAAUGGCUACGGCCGUCUUCAAACUGGCCGCGGAAACAGCCGGCAAGGAAUCGAUGGCGAUCGAGUCGUUCGGACGUGCGCUGAUGCAGCUACCCACGAUCAUCGCCGAUAACGCGGGUUACGAUUCGGCCCAGCUUGUGUCGGAGCUGCGGGCAGGUCACUCGCAGGGCCGUAAUACGAUGGGGCUGGACAUGAACAACGGCAAGGUGGGCUGCAUGAAGGAGCUGGGUAUCACCGAAUCGUUCGCCGUCAAGCGACAGGUGCUGAUGUCGGCCGCUGAAGCCGCCGAGAUGAUCCUGCGCGUGGAUAACAUCCUGAAAAGUGCGCCCCGUCGUCGCGUACCGGACCGUGGCUACUGCUAGAGCGUAAACGGCACGUGCAUUUUUUUCUUUCUUCCUAAUUCUCAUUUUAUACACACAUCCUGCUGCUGUUCUCUGCACAAUCUUUCUUCACAAUCCCGUCUCGCCGUGGAAAGGACGGUUUCAUCGGUUUGCAUUGCUUUAUUAAUACUAAACACUGUGUUGCAUCAUCGUAUUAGACGGGGUACCGGACUCAGCGGGCCCACCUUCAUUCGCUGCCUUUGUCGACAAGGGCGCAUAAUACAUGCCUCGUGUGUCCCUUUGAGGGACACAGCUGCGGAACAGCGAGCUGUACCGAUCGUAAGAAGCAAACGAAUAAAUUCACUCAAUACUUAACUAA